AUGGGUAAAGGAAAUAACAUUGAUAUAGGCGUCAAUGAUUUGUACUUGUAUGACUUACCAGAAAAAGUUCUUGAGUCAUUAGAAUUGAUAUAUUUUGAUUCUUCAACGACUGUGGUUCCGUCACGGAGUGCAUCACCUCCACCGAAGCAAGUAACAGAAAUCGCUUCAGACAACAAGGAAUAUAAAAGUAUACAGAAUAGUAACUCGUGUUCUGUUUGUAAGGUUCAGUUUGAUUUGAAGUCAUCACAAAAUGAGAAGAGAGAUCAUUAUAGAUCGGAUUAUCACAGAUUGAAUUUGAAAAGGUCAAUCAGUAAUUUGCCACCAUUGACAGAAUCAGAAUUUGACAAACUCAUUGAAGAAGAAUCAAUAGAAAGUUUAUCUGGUUCGGAUGAGAGCGACGAAAGUGAAUCCGAGGAUGAGUUAGCGCCUUCUACCAAGUUGGACACAAUAAUUGAAAAAUUUGAUAAGGUUUCAAUUGACAAGAAUGAACUGAAAGAUGACGACGAAGAAGGAACAAUUAGUCAUUUAAAUACUAAUUCUCCGUUUAUUUAUUUUAAAUCUAAUUUGAUUCCAGAAGAGAAGGUCUUUGGUGUAUAUAAAUCUGUUUUCACGGAAGAGCAAUUACUAGAAAAUCCAAUAGAGACAAUUCGUUCAUUUUCAAAUCCACCCAUAAAAACUAAGAAAUCUGCACUUUUCAUGAUUGGUGGUGGUCAUUUCGCAGGUGCUAUUAUUUCUCAUAUACCUAAGAACAUUAAAGGUAAUGCUCCUAAUUUUAAAGAGUCGAAGCAAGAGCAACUAACGAAUAUAAUAGAAUCAAAGACUUUCCAUAGAUAUACUACAAGGAAAAAGCAAGGUGGAUCUCAAAGCGCAAGUGAUAAUGCUAGAGGUAAGGCAAAUUCUGCUGGUUCAAGCAUCCGUAGGUAUAAUGAGCAGGCACUUAUACGAGAGGUAAGAGAAUUGUUGGCGUCAUGGAAAAGCCAUAUUGAUGAUUGUACAAAUAUUUAUAUAAGAGCAAAUGGCUCUUCAAAUAGAAGAAUUCUUGUCGGCUAUGAUGGCUGUGUUUUACACAACGGUGAUGAUAGGAUAAGGAGUUUUCCAUUUACCACGAAAAGAGCAACCACGUCAGAACUAAAGAAAGCAUGGUCAAACUUAUCGUACUUGACUAUCCAUGACAUGCCAAAGUCGAAUGAAAAAUUGAAAAAAAGGUUACAGAAGCUAAGGGAUAACUUGAAAAAUUCUCAGCAGCAACAUUCGAAGAAACCUGAAAUCAAUCUUAGUGAAAAUGAUAAACAUUCCAAUGAGUUGAUAGGUUUUUUGAAGAAAUCCAAGGCUCCAAUGUUAGUGAACUAUAUUCGUAAAAAUAAUUUAUCCCCUAAUCAUGAACUAUCACCUGAGGAACAAUUUAUUCAUUACCCAACUUUAUUGCAUUUCGCAUCCUCUCAAGGUUUAUCGCAUAUGGUGCAAGUGUUAAUGGUUAACCUAAAAACAGAUCCAACUAUUUCUAACAAAUUUGGUAAAACACCCUUUGAACUUGCAGGAAAUAUGGCAACUAGACGAGCAUUUCAGAUCGCAAGAUAUUCUUUAGGCGAGGAUUAUUGCGAUUGGCAAUUAUCGAAAGUAGGUAAUCCCAAAUCCAGAGAGGAAGUAGAAAGAGAACAAAAAGAAGAACAAAGGAAGAUAGAUGAAGGUAAAAAAAAAGCGAUAGAGGAAGAGUUAGCAAAACGCACAGAAAUGGAAAUGAAGAAGCCAACCUUCUCAUCAGGUGGAGCUCUAGGCAGUUCUAAGAUGCCUAGCACCUUGACUGAGACCAGUGGUCUUUCUGAGCAACAGAAAAUGAGAAUUAUGCGAGAACAAAGAGCAAGAGCAGCUGAGGCCAGAAUGAAAAAGAUGCAAGGAAAAUAA